GAUUCGUGCCACUUAUAUAAACCUCAUCCCUCCUAUAUCGGCCAAUGUUAACCUAGUAAUCUCUCUCUCUUUCUCUCAUUCACUCGCAUAUUUUUUUUCUUAGUUGCUCGAUCAUGGUUGAGGAAGAUUUGGGAUCGCAGGCUGAGAUGAGAAAGGAUGAGGAUGAUGGGGAGCAGAGGCAGCUGAAGUACCUGGAGUUUGUGCAGGUGGCAACAAUUCACUCCAUGAUGUGCUUCUCGAACCUCUACUGUUACGCAAAGGACAAGGCGGGUCCUCUGAAGCCCUGGGUUGAGACAGUCGAGGGCACCGUCAAGAGCGUCGUUGGACCUGUCUACGACAUGUUCCAAGACGUUCCUAUCGAGGUCCUCUUGUACGUGGACCGCAAGGUCGAGGCGUCUGUGACUGAAUUGGACCGCCAUGUGCCUCCAAUCAUCAAGCAAGCUUCUUCCCAGGCCUUCUCAGCUGCUCAAAGCGCCCCAGAGGUAGCUCGAGCUGUUGCCUCUGAAGUUAAGCGUGCUGGGGUGGUAGACACCGCUUCAGGUAUUGCCAAAUCUGUUUUCACCAAGUGCGAGCCAACUGCUAAAGAUCUAUACUCCAAGUAUGAACCAAAAGCAGAGCAGUGCGCGGUGUUAGCUUGGCACAAGCUCAGUCAGCUGCCCCUCUUUCCCCAAGUGGCUCAAGUUGUUGUCCCAACCGCAGCUUAUUGUACAGAGAAGUACAACCAAACAGUGCGCAACACUGCAGAGAAGGGUUACAGGGUUUCGUCUUACCUGCCCUUGGUCCCUACAGAAAGGAUUGCCGAGGAUUUCAGGGGCGCUAGUGCUGAACCAGAGCCUUUGCUUACCAAUGGAAAUGAAGCUACUGUGGCAGCCCAUUGUGGGCUUUGGUUGGUCCUGUUGGUUGUAUGUUGUAUUAGCCUCUGGCUAUUUCUUUUAUUUUCAAGAUAAGUCUUUAGUCGGGCCGUGGCCCAUAUACUGUUGUUAGCCUUGAUUGAACUGUCUUUAUUUUUAGAGUCUUGUUAAGUUGGCCUGGCCCAUUAAUUAGUAGAGGUCAGUAUUUGUAGUGGUUUAGAACGCAAUUGUAAGGGGUACAGAAUCUGAAUACAAUUUUAUUUCCAUUUUCUCUUC